UGUACGGGUGGGUGAGGCGGGAGAGAGGGCGGCGGAGCGGGCGUUUAGAAGUGAUGAACAAGUAGCAGCACAGAGAUUUCACUCUUUAUAUUGACUGUUGUGAAUAAAUAUAACGUCUACAGCAUGAAGAAGAUGAAAUCCGCGAGAAACAGUCAUCAAAUCACGAGACACGGGUGAAAUGAAGCACUGCCUGUGUAACUGUGCAACAGGCGUGCAGCCCGAUCUAAUUUGGUGGGGUCCGAGACUUGGAUGCCGAUCUCCUGACAGAACACGUAAUUUGGAGGGGUGACAGGCGCUGGGCUAGGACUGAGUGAUUCAGCAGGACACUUCGGCUUUAUUAGAUCAGUCCGGCGAUUACCCAUCACCCCAUGCGCACUGGCUGUGUUCAUGGGAGCCUGGACGCAGGUGUCAAGGUUAUGGUGACUACAGUCUACUGUGAACCAAGCCAGGCUACCCAAUCAUACCACAUGUCCCAUGGAAAAGAAGGGAUUUGAGCUGUGUUUGGGGAAAAGGAAGAUGUCUGCCAGCAUGAGGAGUAGGGCCCCGGUGGAGAGAUAGAGAGAGAGAGUGUGGACUACAGGCAUCCUCCUGCUGUAAUGAGAGCAUGAGCUGUCAGAGUUGUCUGAGUUAUGAUGGAAGCCAGUCAGGAUGUUGUACAGGAGCAGCCUGAGGAGUCUCUGUCAGAUCAAAGCACAAACGCUAAAGUGGAGGAGCGAGAGGCUCUGAUCCUGGAACUACAGGAUGUCAUCACUGAGCUACACCAGGAGAUGUCUCUGAAAGAGCAGCACGAGCUCCUGCAGCUUCAACAGCUGCUUCAGCUGGAGGCCAGAGUCAAAGAGCUUCAAGAGCAGGUACAGGGUUCAGAAGAGACUAUAGCUCAGCUGAGACUAGAACUGGCUGAGAGAGCGCAGAGCAACAGCGGCAUGCUGAAUGUUGCUUCCACUGAUCUCACAGCCCUCAGAGGAACACAGCUGUUGAAGACUGAGUUGUCACGUCGGGACGUGAGCAUCCAAAGACUCCGGCAAGACCUGCUCCUCUCUCAUCAGGCCCGUGAUGCCCAGAGCGUUCAGCUGGACGUCCAAGAGCAGAGGCUGUGGGAUCUGCAGAGAGAGCUGCAAGAAAGCCAGCAGGAGCUCCAGAGGGGACACGACUACAACCAGCAGCUGUACGGACAGCUACAAGAUGCCAGGAAGCAAGAUCAGGAGCUAAAAGCUCAGCUCUCGGAGGUGAAAGGGAAUCUGGUGAAGGUGCAGGUGGAGAAUGAAGCUCUUCUGGAAAUUAAACGGCACCAGGCCACUGAGGUGGACAGAGUUUCUGCGGAGCUUAGUUUGGUUCGUUCCACGGUGUUGCAAAAGUGCAAAGAGGCCCAAGAAGCUAAGAAGAAUUGCCACGAACUGGAGGAUGAGCUGUCUGUUGUCCGAGCCCACCUGAGCCGGUGCCAGGAAGGGAAGCAGGAUGCCAAAAAUAGGGCUGAGCUGAUACAGUGGCUGGAGGAUGAAGUGUCUAGGCUGAAAUCUCAGCAUAGUUCAGUCUGUCAGCAGGAAUCAUGUGGGCUCCAGAGGGCACGAGAGGAGCUGACGGUAAGAGAGAAGGAGUGGAGGAAAGAAAGAUCUUCCCUUCAGGAGCAGCUCAACAGCAUCAGAAAAGAGCUCCACAGCGCCACCAUCAGGGAAGAGGAGCAUCGGCUGAAAGUGCUGCAGAUUGAUGAACUCCAAAGAGAGGUUGACAAGACGCUGGCACUGCUUGAAAAGGAGAGAGAGGAUUGUGUAAAGGCCGAGGAGCUGGAACGACUGAGAGAAGAUCAACUCAAGGACAAGGUCAGGCAUCAGGAAGAGCAGACAGCAGAGCUGCAGAGAGGAUUUGACCAGAAGGAGAAAAGAGCUGAAGGAAUGGAAAGAGCGAUGGUACUCCAUCUCAGAGAGCCUCCGGCACGCACACACACAGCUCCAGCAGGCCCAGGACAGCCGAGACCGGGCCGUCAGCAGCCUGAAACUACAGCAGGAGAAGAACUGCAGCCUGCAGGAUGAUGUGGACAAACUACACAUAGCGCUGGUUGAACAGGAGUCCACGGUCUCUAGGCUGCAGUGCGAGCUACAUGAAGCAGAGCAGCAGAGGAAUCUUCUGGCCUCCAGAAUAUCUGAGCUGAACUGUGACAUCCAGCAUCAGGAGAAAGAAUACAAGCGGCUC